AAUAAUCGGAGAAGUGAUAUGGUCUGCUGAAAGAAACGUAAUCCCGAAGGAAGCAACUGUUGUUUGAUAUCUAAUUGUAGUUUUAUAAUCCAAGGAAGGAAAGCUCUUCCUUUGCGUACGAACAAUCCGUCUCUCCGUCCAUUCUGUUCUGGGUCGCAAACGCGCGCUCUUUUUAGUGUUAGUGACAACCGUUCAGACCGCCGGAACCGUUUGAGUUUUUCAACCGUCUUCUUUGCCAGACCGUUGACGUUCUCGGGGGCUUCCUCUCCCUUUCGCACAACCAGCAAGGAAUCAAGGAUAAAGAAGCGGCGUACGGUGUUUGUCGCGUUUGUAGUGGUCACCUUUAGAGCGCCCAGCUUGGAAGAACUGGAGAUUGUCAUCGCUUAAAUGGUUUAAGUUUGCGACGACGAAAUAAGCGUGGUUUGCCCGUCUUGUUGUUUGUUUGGUUGAACCACAAGUCUUACUGGUCAGAAGAGUUGUCGCUUUUGUCGGCCUACCUGUUUGCGUCCUUUACGUGUUGAUUCGACACACGCUUUUUUCGCCAGUUGUCGCCCCCCGCACAAAACAGCGCGGUAAACAUGAGCAGUGCAACGAGACCCGAUGAUAAAGCGGUGGACAUACCGGAGCGGCUCUACGAUGCGGCCAGCAAACGAACGUACCGGCGUUUGCGGUUUUUCGGCAAGGGAGGAUUUGCCAAAUGCUAUGAGAUAGUUGAUGUGGCCACGAACGAAGUGUUUGCCGGGAAGAUCGUCUCCAAGAAGCUCAUGAUGAAGCACAAUCAGAAGGAGAAGAUGACGCAAGAGAUUGCGAUACAUCGAUCCCUGAAUCACACGAAUAUCGUCGGGUUUCACAGCUUCUUCGACGAUCCGUUGAAUAUUUACAUAGUGCUGGAACUGUGCAAGAAACGGUCGAUGAUGGAACUGCACAAGCGUCGUAAAGUCAUCACGGACUACGAAUGUCGGUACUACAUGCACCAGGUGAUGACGGGCGUCAAGUACUUGCACGACAAGCAAAUCAUUCACCGCGAUCUGAAGCUUGGUAAUCUGUUUCUGAACGAUGAGCUGCACGUCAAGAUCGGUGACUUUGGGCUGGCGACAAAGAUCGAGUUUGAGGGCGAGCGCAAGAAGACGCUGUGCGGUACGCCAAACUAUAUUGCGCCGGAAAUCCUGAACAAGAAGGGGCAUAGCUAUGAGGUGGACAUAUGGUCGAUCGGUUGCGUGAUGUACACGCUGCUCGUCGGUCAGCCACCGUUCGAAACGAAGAGCCUGAAGGAUACGUACAGUCGGAUCCGGAAGUGCGACUACCGGUUGCCCCCUACCCUGCGCACCAGUGCCGCCGAUAUGAUCUGUGCCAUGCUGCAGUCGGACCCGAUGAAGCGGCCUCGCAUCAACAAGCUGUUCGAGUUCGAAUUUAUCACGACCGGACACAUUCCGGCAUCGUUGCCCAUCUCAUGCCUUACGAUGGCCCCGCGGGCGGAUCAGCUGGAGCAAGUGGAUCGCAUUAGCCGGAAACCACUGUCCGAGGUUAACGGUGGAGAUGAUACUCGACUGGAUUCGUCGUUCUUGAAGAAUAAUCUCCACGAUCCUAUCACUGCCAGCGGCAUGAUUUCGCGCCACAAUGAUACAUACCGUAAUGACAUAGAAGUACUGAACCACGAGCUGAUGAAACUGUUCCUGGCUAAGCCGGCUAAGCUAACGAACAAUCUGGACGACGAAAAUACGGAUCCGGCCGUCCAACCGUUGUUCUGGGUUUCUAAAUGGGUGGACUACAGUGACAAGUACGGCUUCGGGUACCAGCUCAGCGACGAAGGCAUGGGCGUGAUGUUCAACGAUACCACCAAGCUGAUAAUGCUUGCCAAUGGAUUGAACGUUCAUUUCAUCGAUAAGGAGGGCAAAGAGUCUUACCAUACUAUGGAUCAAUACCCACCGAAUCUCGAAAAGAAGAUGAAGCUGCUGACUUACUUCAAGCGGUACAUGAUGGAGCAUCUGGUGAAAGCUGGUGCUGGCAUGGGGAACAAUGAGAAUGAUAAGCUAUCCCGUAUUCCCCAUAUGCAUACCUGGUUCCGAACAAUGUGCGCCGUGGUUAUGCAUUUAACGAACGGCACCGUACAACUUAACUUCUCCGAUCAUCAGAAAAUCAUCCUGUGCCCACGGAUGCGCGCGGUCACGCUGAUGGAUAAUCAGAAAAACUUCCGCACCUACCGCUUCCAGACUAUUAUCGAGCAGGGCUGCUCGAACGAUCUGUACACGAAGAUUCGAUACGCGCAUGAAAAGAUUAAGAAGCUGCUGGAGAAGUUGGCCUAGAAAGUGAGAUUAAAGGUUUGCCAGAUGAUUUAAUGCUCGAUAGUGGUGGAAAGCUAAGCGCUCGAAGCACAGAUACAUGACACUUUGUUAACGGUUUUUCAAACUCUUUUUUUCGACAAACCACAAAGCGCCUCCAUGGCAACGCUGCUGUGCUUACCAACGAUGAGCGAUGAUCCUUCGAUUUUGGAAUGGUUUAUAGGAAAAAAAUGAAACGAUUUGUAGUUUUGUUAGGUUUUAGUUAUUAUUACUUUAUAUUUUUUGCGGAAUUUUUUUCUUACUUGCUCGAUACUGUCGGUGCGGAGUUUUGAACAGCAUGGUAACGUCACACUCCUCCCCCCAUUGAAUACAGUCCUGGUUCGCAGCA